UCCUGGACAGAUUUACUUACUCUUAUCUCAGUCUGCACGUUGCUUGAUGGUGACUAAUAACAAAUAACAUCGACUCAUAAUAAACCAGAAGUCAACGCCGUUUACACGCGUCUUGCGGGAUUCAAUAUAAAAAGGAGAGCUUGCAGAACUAGAAUCACUCUCAACACUUCAACUGGAAUACCGACACACUCAUUGAAACAUUAUUGAUAUUGAAGCACAGAACCCAUGCAUUUCGUUUCUUUGCAUUUGACGGGUUUUAAAACAUCGUGUGUAUUUUGUGGUAACGAAAUUACUGAAUUUGAAGACUUUUUAAUUUGAAGAAUUUUAAUUUAUUACAAAAUGGAAUUACGCGUGUUUUUUUCACUGAUGUUUGUGAUCUAUUCUGGACUUUUAGAUGCAGUUGCCUCGGUUGUCUCCAUCUCCGAGUUCCCGACCGUUUCCAGUGCCCCCUUGCGGCAUGUCAGGUCAAAACGCUGCUCCUGUUCUUCAUUCUUGGACAAGGAGUGCGUUUACUUCUGUCACCUCGACAUCAUCUGGAUCAACACACCAGAACGAACUGUCUCCUAUGGACUUGGAAGCCCUCCAAGAAGAAAGCGGUCACUUCAGGAAUCUGUUUUGGACACGCUGGUAGCUACAAGCCCAAGGUGCAAAUGCUCAAAUAUGAAGGACAAGAAGUGUUUGGAUUUGUGUCAGCCUCAAACAGAAUUAAGAACACCACCCCCACAAGAAAAACUUGAAAACAUCCAAGAAAAAAGCAUGGAUUGUGCAGGAAAGCAAUGCAUAUACAAUCUGGCAGCCAACAACAGGAACAUUAAAAGGUUAAAGUACAGAAGCCACACCAGCACCCUGGCAUUGAUUGCAAAUGACAAACUCAAAACCAGGCUUUUAUUAGAGAAGUGGAGGAAAGGCUGGAGUAACAGGUCUAAAAUAUGGAAGAGUCUGAUGGCAGCAUCCUAAAACCACUGGGACAGCCAAGUCUGGAGAGUUUGUUUUAGGCAUACCGGAGAAGCUUGUUGGUAUAGCUCUCAGUCGGAACAGAUUAGCCUUCCGUCCUGGCAAGAGACCAUGGAUAACUGUUUAACGUUUCUGUAUCAGAAGGUUGUAUGACAGGAGCAUCUUGCCAACAUCCCAUGGAAACAGAUUGGAGGGUUAAAUCUACACCGGGUGUGAGAUGGACUAGGGGAAAUCCCUUUAAAAGAUAUUGCUGCUUGAGGAGUGUUGGUAAAAGCAAGAACCUUUUGCGGAGACGCUGAACUAGAAUGUUAUAAUCAGGCAUCUAACGCUUGGUGGCUUUUCAGUGUGCACACGUUACCAGAAUCGAUGGAUGUGAACUGAGUACUGGAGGCACAACCUCUUUUGCACCAAAUGAAGAAUCUGCUAAAUGCGUGACAUUCCUGAUCAGACAUUUACCAAAUGACAUGCCUACCUCUUUCACACGUGUCUAUGCAGUGUGCCCCUGCCUGCAGUGUUGCUUCGACUGCUUCUGUGGGAUCUUUCCUUCACCCUGCAGUUUAGUUACUGACAAAUCCAUGCAUUUGAAGACAGUAUUAGUACUCACACUGUGAGAAUACAUUGGACCUAAAUAACUAACAUUUCGUGUGUUCUAAAUAAUGACUAAAAGUCACAGUGAGCGUUUACAUUGUUUGGUUCAACUAAGAGCAAUCAGCACAUUGAUCUUACUGGGCUUGGACAAGAACAUUGAAACACAUGCAGUACGCAAACAUGACUGAUAUUUCACUAAGAACUCUCAAAAGUCAUGCCUCUAUGGGCCAGUCUGGAGAAUUAUCUUUUUCCACUCCUAGCUUUCCUGAAUGAAUUAUAUCCAAAACACUUUGUGGGCCUCGUAACCUGCUGUCCAACCCCUGUACGAUCAGUACCCAGUCUUAACAAACAAUGCUUGCACACGUUUGAGUCCUUAAAUAAACCUUACAAGUUUGUUUGUUAACUGUUUUGUAAAAUGAACCAAAUCCAUUUGUACUACUAGAAAAAAAUGGAACAGAUUGUGAUCACUCUGUCACAAAGUGGAGUCUAUUUGAAUGCUCUUAACUGUGGCAGAUCUAAACACUGACAUUCUUAACAUCUGUAUUAAUCCAGCUGGGGUGACGUAUUAACAUUUCUACAUACAAUAAAAAAAAGAAAUACAGUGAAAUGAGAGCCACAGAAAAUCAGGUUUAAAAACAUUAGGGUGGUGUUAAAAUCCGCCACUGUUUGGAGCAAUAAAAUAGACCCAGUCUUAUUCAAGAGUGCCUUUUAAUGCAACUAGCUUAGCUAGCUAACCAUUGUCUUGCUAAAAAUGUUGUGUAUAUUUUAUAUAAAUAUUUAUAAUAAAAAGUGGUCACAGAAUUUUAUUGAAAUGUAUAUGGCUCUUAAUAUGAUUUAACCAUGUUAAAUAUGUGUUUAAUACAGGCCACAUUGGUCUAUGAUCUUGCUGUAUGUAAUAUUUGUAUGAAAAGUUUCGAAAUGCUGUUGUACCUAGAGGGGAAAAACCCUUUUGGAAAUAAAUAUGAUAUAAACUACA